AUGUUUGCCCAAUGUACAAAACAUUGGAAUGGCAAAGGCCGUGUAGCCCCUCUGAAAAUAAACAAACGCAAUUUUGCGACAGGCGAUCUAAUCGGCCUCCCCUAUGGUACUGUCCUAGAAGACCUCGUCCCAAAUUUCGACGGAAAGAUUAUGUCUGACUUCGAAAAGGACGUCGACGUAGACGAGACCGACGUUGAAAUCGAUCAAAUACGAGACAACCGUAAUUUGGUGGACAACAAUGAUGCCCAGGCACUUGAUCAUUUUGAGCUGUUACGGAUGCGAGAAUCUGGUGUUGAUGGCUCUAAAAUCGUGAAGGAGAUCAUUCAAAACUCCUCUACCUUUGAUCAGAAAACGGAAUUCAGUAAAGCCAAGUACAUUGCCCGCAAACAAAAAAAAUACCAACUGAGAUGUCGAAUAAUUCGGUGUACACCGGCCUUUAUCUGCGAAGCUCUAUAUGUCAAAGACCCGAAAAAGAUAAUGAACUUACGCGAGGACACUCUGGCGCAAAUCUUGAGUUAUGCCAACGUUAGCGCGGGUUGCCAAAGUCUGAUUUUCGAAACAUGUUUUGGCUUAGUGACUGGCGCUGUCGCAUGUAGAAUGGGUGGGUACGGCAGGGUUCUCUCCCUCUACAGUGGACAGCAGCCUUCCUACACGGAAAUGAUCCAACGCUUCAACUUGACAUUUGCUGAGAAUCUUAGCAUAAAAUGGCUACAUAGUGGAGACGUGUUUGGCCAAGAAAACAUCAGUGAUGAAGACGACGCAGACCAGAAAGACCGUGAACAACUUUUGAUUGAUCGCAUUAAUUCCCGACUUUCUAUGCAUAAUUUAGAUCACACCAGGGAAUAUUUGAAAACGAUGAAAAACGACGAAGAAAGAGAAUCUUUCUUGUUGAAGAGAUCUGCACGUUUUACCAGAAAGAUGACGCGCCAUACUCCGGUGGAAGCAAAAGGGUGGUUGAAAUCAAAACUCAGCGAUUCACUGGUCAUAGCCACUCGAUAUAAUGCUACCGAAACACUAUUGGGAAUGCUCCCUUAUCUUUCUCCGUCUUGCCCCUUUGUUGUUUUUUGCGAAUUUUUGGAACCACUGACAGCAUGCUUCAGAGAGCUGCAGCGACAGGAUUUGGCAAUCAACUUACGACUGAGUGAUACGUGGGCUCGAGAAUACCAAGUCCUUCCUGGACGAACUCAUCCCAAUAUGAAUAUGACUCAAAGCGGUGGUUUCAUCCUUACCGGCGUGAAGCUU